CGGCAGCAGCGGGCGUAGGAGGAAGGAGAAAGAGAAAGAACAUUUCUUCCGGAGAGCGAGAGAGAGAGAGAGAGAGAGAGAGGGAGGAGAGGAGAGUAGGACGACAGCGACGGGGGAGGGCAGGGAUGGGGUUAGGGCGAGAGGGGGAGGUUUUUGGAUGGCGGCGCAGGCGGGAAGGAGGAAAAAAGGAACGAGCAGGAGCACGAUGACGAUGAUGAUGACGGGAACUGCUGGAGGAGGAGGACGACCGGAGCUUGGAGAAAAAGUUUGAGGGAUUCGAGGGUUUGGGGUUUGUGCCAGACUGGGACUGUGCAGAGGGAGCGAGGGGGAGUUCGAUGCCCUGUGGCUUUCCCUCGGGUUUGGACGAGGGUUUUGCACCCAAGGUGUCGUGGAGUCCGAGGGAGUGUCACUCAGACACUGCCGCUGUUGCUAGUUUCGGUGCCGCGGUGGUGCUUUCCAGCAUUGCCCCAAGAGGGGCUGGUGGUCUUGAAAGCUUUUGUUCGAUGGCUUCCUCGACGGUCUUGCUGUCCGCGGUGUAACGAAACGCGCCGGAACGCGACGACGCGGGGGCCCGAGUGGUAGUGGUAGGGAUAGAUAAGGCACCCGCAGGCGAGGAAAAAAUCGCAGGUUUUGAGCGGAACACAGCAGAGCAGGUGGUUCGGUCUGGUUUCCUCGUCUGGCCAGGCGUAGAUAGGUCACUAGGAUUAUGGACGAGGCCUGGGAGAGAGCCGUGGAGGCGGCGAGAGGAGGUGAGGAUCCGGGCACCACAAGAUCGCUGACUCUGGAUGGGGCGCUUAAGUGCGCCCAAGGGCGGCUGCCUCCAGCCUCUCUUUUCGAGUCAUUUUCACAAUUACGACAUCUUUCUAUUGCCAACGUGGGUCUGUCGUCGCUAGCCGAUUUUCCGUGCCUUCCUCAUUUGGAACAGUUGAUUUUAAGCGAUAAUCGCAUUGCGGGUGGGCUCGAGCAUUUGGUUAAAGCAGGUUUGAAGUCGUUGCGGGAUCUGGAUCUUUCGAACAACAAAAUUCAGUCGCUGGAGGAUCUUGCCCCCUUGUCUCAGUUGCGACUUGUGUCUUUGGAUCUGUACGAGUGUCAGGUUACCCGCCUGCCUGACUACAGAGCUCGAGUUUUCGAAAUGAUGAAAUCCUUACAGUACCUAGACAAGGCUGACGCCAACAACAAUGAAAGACCCGAGUCGGAUGAAGAAGAAGAGGAAGAGUCCGACGACGAAGAUGUGGACGACGUCAACGGCGAUGGUAUUGAGGUCGAAGGUGAAGAAGAUGAAGGUGUCGACGGGGACUUGAAGGGCGCUGCCGUUACCCUACAGGACGAGGACGACGACGAGGGUGAUGAAGAUGAGGAAAGAGAGGACAACGACGAAGUCGACGAGGACGAAGAGGAGGAAGGUGGCAGCUACCAGGAAGCGGUAGUCGCGCCUGGUCAGGCCGGUGGUUCUUAUAUCGAUAACGGGUCGGACGAAGAUGAGGUUGAGGACGACGAAGAUGGUGAAGAGAACGUUGAAGUACAAGAUGUCGACGAAAGUGAGGAAGAUGACGGGGCGGAGGAUGAAGAUGAUGAUGAAGUCGGAGAAGAGGACGAUGACGACGACGAAGGAACUGAGCAAGCAAGUGGUGCACUCGUCAGCACAGAGGGUGAGCUCGACGUGCAAGAAAAUGAUGAGAACGAUGACGACGAGAAUGGCGAGCUCGGUGAAGAUGAAGAGGAGGGAGCAGAAGAGUUUGGGGUCGAGAACGAUGAGAACGACGAGGACGAUGAAGAGGGUGAUGAGGAGGACGAGGAAGAGGAGGACGACGAGGAUGACGAGGACGAGGAAGAGUACGGGACCGAGUAUUUAGUUCAACCAAUAGGUCAAGCGGAGGAUGACGAAGGAGCCAGCGAUUUCGAGCCGGGCGAUGACGAAGAAGAAGAGGACGACGAAUUUGAGGAGGAGGACGAGGAUGAUGAUGAAACAGCAGGAAUCAAAGAUCCAUCGGCUGCUACUGCCGCGGCGGCGGCGGCUGCCGCUGCAGCAGCUGCCAAGCGAAAACGAACCAGGGACGACGACCCUGACGAGAAAGAUGUACGGCCGCCGAAGCACUGAAUAUCUAUGACAACCAUAGCUGCCACCACCAUCUCUGGCUUCCGCACCGCAAAUCUCUUGUCCAGGUGCAAGCGCGCAAAGAGUAACGCCUUUCAAGUAAGGAAAGCUUUGAAGCCUUGGCGAUGUGGCUGUUUAGACUCGUACGUCCAUUCUUUGUAACAAAUGUACAAGUAGAAUCAGCAAUAGUCAUGUUGGGGCAACUUUUACGCCCCCGUUUUCAUUGAAGGCUUUGUCACCCGAGCAUCCACAGUAGAGCAGGCCUCUCUUAGUGCAGGUCCUAACUAAGCACAGUGUUUGCUGCAUCCCCGCUCAGAGAAUCUUAUCAAUACUCAGUUCAGUUUAAUUCUUAGGUGAUGCUUGUUCCGGGGGAUUCUCGCCUUUGCACCUCUUCUAAGAGGCGCAUUGCUCUCCUGCUAGUGACUUAUCCAUUUUGCACCUGCUCCACAAACUGUAGGUAGUAUUUUCAUUGAUCGCAGCAGUUUUUGAUUUUUUUUUCCCUUCCCCUUAAGUGCUGUCAAAUGGAGCCCCUUACAUGUUCUAAGCUAGACUCUAGACUCGGUGUUCUUGGGUCGGUUUUUAGUAGGAAUCUUCAACUGUGCAGUUAAACGGUGAUGCUAUACAGAAGAAUAGAGAAGUUUUGCAAAUCUAGAUACCGUCUCUGUCUCUUGUAAACCGCGCCGCUCUUCUGAAAACUUCUCCAACACCUCGAGAGAUGGUUUACCGAUUAGAUGGUCGAGUAUCCUGCCUGCAACUGGGUUCGUUCUGCGGAGCCUGUAAUUGGAGGCAUGAUAUCAGUGUACGGCUCAAAGUACCUGUUGAAUUCAUCGAGACCCGCAGAGUACUUUUGACAUUCUUUCCUUCGUACAUCGCACAUUUGUUUUCUUUGAAACAUUUUUUCUGGGGCUUUUUUUGAGGUUCAAAUGAGUGUAUUGAGGACUGUUGAAGAAGAGUUCUACAUAAGCCGCGAGCUAGGUGGACCGUAUUGGAGCUUCGGAAGUAAUACACGCGGGGAUUGCUAUCGCCCCUUGGAGUUUGACCGUCUACAGGCAGAGUUUGAGUGCGAUGGCUGUGCGACGAGUCGGUGACAUGUCCGAGCUACUGCUGCCCGAGAGAUUGCAGUCUCUGAAAGAAAUGCACCAUCCGACGAUUUUGUUUUGAAGGUAGUUCUCCCGUUACGUCGUUGUGAAAGGCAAAGGAAGAUCGAAGCGACUAGUCCGUAACGUCACAAACGAACAACAAAGUCAAUUCGUACCUAGCAAGGAAAUGAAACUGGAGGUAAUUUUUCUUCAAAAAUCGAAGACAAAUUUUGACAAAUGCUAAGCAUCCCCGCUCUGUUCGAAAUUAUUGAAAUCGCUAUACGCUGAAGGUAUACAUCGCAGCAAAGUCACUGGAAAUACUCUUAUAUUCACUAUGCAUUGGCAGGACUGUUCUCUAUGGCGAGUUUUCUACUCAGCAUGGUGUACAUACUUGCUGUAGUGAUGUAUGUCAAAGCACGUGUACUUUACCUCGUCCGGUUUGGUGAAAAACUGCGACUGUAGAACAUUGAAGAAGCUGGAGGACGAGUACAACGCUUGAACCUCAUCACGAGAAAUGUGUGACGCUGACUCAGACAGCCACUGACGAAGCUACAACUUCAUGUCAUGUCACAUUGAUAGCUCGUUUACAAAUGAAACUGGAGUAUCAUCUUCACGAAAACGCCAAGAGAAGAUAAUUUCUUACCUCUAAGGCGGUUGCCAGGUAACUGACAUGAUCCGGGAGGGUCUAAAUCCCUAGGCAGCUGCUGGUCGACAUCUCGCUUCUCAAUAGUCUGAACAUGAGUUCUUUCGUCCACAACUGCCAAGAUCAGACGUAACUGAUCGAUGUAAUUCUCAUCCUUUCAUUAACUCAUUUGAAGGACAAAGAUUGUUCGCCGGCGGAGAGUGCUUAGUGCUCAGUGACCGAUUACAACGAUGCUCCUGUUUCUUCAUGCUCAUUGACUUCGACUCAAAGGUCUUUGUAUGAUUGGUAAGAAUCACAUACUUUCAGCUGCCGCCGAGCGUGCGACAUGUGACUCAACAAUUCUCUGCAAC